ACAAGCAUUUGGGCCAUGCCUGGAUGGUGGACGCCUGCGUGCGUCCUCUGGUAUAAAGGCCAGCCGAUGCAGCAGUUUCUUGCAGCACAGCCGAGCAGUAACGGCAGCACUGCAGUAGCAGCAGCUCCACCGCCGUCGCCGUCGCCCUUGCGUUCCAGGCCGCCCAGGAGAGAGCAGCAGAGCCAGAGCCAGAGCAUCAAGGAGGCGACCAUGGCCGACGAGCACCAGGAACUCACCAAGGCCUUCUCAGGGAUGGGCGGCCUGGGCGUGGAGGAGACGGCGCUGGUGUCGGCCCUGGGGCGGUGGAGGAAGCAGCCGGAGAAGCGGUCGCAGUUCCGGAGGGGCUUCCCGGGCUUCUUCACGCCGCCGGCGGCGGCGGUGGGGGCGGGGGCGAUCGAGCGCUGCUCGGACGACUACGUGCGCCACCUCAAGACGGAGUUCGCCCGGUUCAAGAACCUCAUGGUGCUGUGGGCGAUGCACCCGUGGGAGCGCGACGCGCGCUGGGCGCACCGCGCGCUGCACAAGAAGCACCACCCGGCGUCCGUCCUCGUCGAGCUCGCCUGCACGCGCACCGCCGACGAGCUCCUCGGCGCCCGCCGCGCCUACCACGCGCUCUACCACCGCUCCCUCGAGGAGGACGUGGCGUACCGCGUCAAGGACGCCGCCGCCAACCGCCUGCUGCUCGGGCUCGUCAGCGCCUACCGCUACGAGGGCCCGCGCGUCGACGAGAUGCUCGCCAGGGAGGAGGCCGCGGCGCUCUCUGCCGGCCCCGGCGCCAAGGCCCAGAGCGAGCUCGUGGUGCGCGUGCUCGCCACCAGGAGCAAGCCGCAGCUCCGGGCGACCUUCAGGCUGUACAGGGAGCUCCACAGCAAGCCGCUGGAGGAGGAGUUCGGCGGCGAGGCGCCGUGCCUGCGGGAGGCCGUGAGGUGCCUCGAGUCGCCGGCCAAGUACUUCGGCGAGGUGAUCGACGGGGCGUUCAAGGAGGGGGCGGACAAGCAGGCCAAGGCCGCGUUGACCCGCGUCGUCGUGUCCCGCUCCGACGCCGACAUGGAGGAGAUCAAGGAGGCCUACCUGAAACAGCACGGUGCCAAGCUCCUGGACGCCGUCGCCAAGAACACCCACGGACAUUACAGGGACGCGCUGCUCGCCAUGAUCGGGAAGUGAUCCACUGAAGCUCAGUCAGCUGGAGCCGGUCAAUUUGCUCUCCUUUUUGCUAUUUACCUUAAUUGAUUAAUCGCUUUUUCGCAGCGACAGUUCGUGUUAAUUAUCUACUUCUUAUCUUACGUCCAAAUGUAUGGAUAUCUCCACUAUCCCGCAUGAUUGAAUAAAAAUAAUUUUCUUUCCAUGACA